GUUGCGAGUAGAGACGGAGUCAGAGAGCAACUCUGAGCCUGGAGAGACGCGGAGGACCGGGGAGACGGAGGAAAGAGACGGAGAGAGAGAUUGCGGAGAGAGUUUGAGGACCUGCGUUGAGAGAUUAGGGAGAGAAACCUGAGAAAGGCAGAAAGAUGAAGAGAUGAAGGAGAAAGAGGAGACGUUCGUAGACGAGGGAGAGAAUCUGGGAGGGAGUUUAAAAAAGGGAGAGCCAGGAAGAGGGCGUCUGAACUUGGAGGGAGGACACGAAGUGCUGGGAGAAGUGGUGGGACAUUUCACACCGAUCAAGUCGAGAGACGCGACAGAGCAGGGGAAGAGAGAGACCCCGAGAGGCACUCCCAGCCUGAAACGGAGCAGAGGAGGAGGGCCAGAAGCCCUGAAGAAGAAAACAGAAGAGAUUCCAACUCAGAGAAAAAGACCGAGAGCUGGAGCUGGAGAGCAUUAGCCAGAGUGCUGGGUGGGAGGCCGGAAGGAGGUGGAAAGGGGACAGGAUGAGACCAAAAUCCAAGGGGGUGGAAAGGCCCUGAGGCAGGAAAGAGCUGGUGUCCUCAGCCUGGGGGGGCUGCGUGGAGGUGGACUCAGAGACCGAGGCCGUGUAUGGGAUGACCUUCAAAAUUCUGUGCAUCUCCUGCAAGCGCCGCAGCGAAACCACCGCCGAGGCUUUCACCGAGUGGACCUUCCGCCAGAAGGGCACGGAGGAGUUUGUCAAGAUCCUGCGCUAUGAGAACGAGGUGCUGCAGCUGGAGGAGGACGAGCGCUUUGAGGGCCGCGUGGUAUGGAACGGCAGCCGGGGCACCAAGGACCUCCAGGACCUGUCCAUCUUCAUCACCAACGUCACCUACAACCACUCGGGAGACUACGAGUGCCACGUCUACCGCCUGCUCUUCUUUGAGAACUAUGAGCACAACACCAGCGUUGUCAAAAAGAUCCACCUCGAGGUGGUGGACAAAGCCAACAGGGACAUGGCGUCCAUCGUGUCCGAGAUCAUGAUGUACGUGCUCAUCGUGGUGUUGACCAUCUGGCUCGUGGCAGAGAUGGUGUACUGCUACAAGAAGAUCGCCGCUGCCACGGAGGCUGCCGCGCAGGAGAAUGCCUCGGAGUACCUGGCCAUCACCUCAGAGAGCAAAGAGAACUGUACGGGCGUCCAGGUGGCCGAAUAGCCCUGGCCCUGGGCUCCGCCUCAAGGAAGAGCCAGCCCUAAUGGGCACCGUCCAGGCACAGCCGGCCCCCAGUGGGGGUCAGCCAUUCCUGGGCCUCUCGGCGCCUCUGAGUCCUGCCAACGGAGCCGCCAGGGUGGGAGGGGCGGGGGGCCUGGCUCGCACCCCCGCCCCAGCCUUCCCCUCCCGCCCCCAUCGCCCACCCACCGCCAUGCAUGAUGGGUAAAGCAAUACUGCCGCUGCCCCCACCCCUGCUUCUGCUGCCUGUUCGGGGGGAGGGGCGGCGGCGAGGCGGGGGCAGCGGCCCCGCACCCCUCCCUCUUGCUGAUUUGCACACAUCGGCCGCUUCAGCCCCUCCCUGCCCCGUCCCUGCCCGGUGGGGGGUCGCGACGGGCUGGCACAGUGCCCCCUCCCGCUUCCUCCGGCUGGACCUGGGGUCCCCGCCCCCCGCGAUGCACCCUUGCCCGGCCCGACCCCGCCCUCUCUCACCAGCCUUGGACCGUGGCCGCCAAGAAGGGCCCUUUCAGCCUCGUCUCUCUUUACAGAAGUAGUUUUGUUCAUGAAAUAAAGAUUCUUGGACUUGA